CGCUGCCCGGGCGACGGUCGGGGUGAUCCGCUGGCGCUCAGGCAGCCGUCGCGGCUGCGAUUCCGGGACUGUCCUCCGGCGCAGGAGAGAAGCGGGGAGGCGGCGGUGGGGGCGGGGCGGCGUCCGGCUCUGAGCGAGCGGUGGGAGGAGCGCGGUGGCGACGGCGGCGGCUCUAGAAGCGGAGGUGAAGGAGGCGGAGGAGCUCCUCUCCUCUUCUCAGACCCGGGAGCGUCCGGGACGCGGAGCCCGGAGCUGGGGCGACGAGGAGAUUGCGGGGGCCUGGGCUAGAAUCUCCCUGGAAAAGGAGACAUGAAUGAAUGUCUGCAAUGAUACUUCUUGACAAGAAUUUGAUGCAAGAGAAAGAAAGGAAAUUAACAGCUGGCAAGCAGAAUUUCCAACAGCAGGAUUUCGUAUUUAUUGCUUCCAACUACACAGUUCUGUUGCCUACUUGUAAAUCAGAGAUACCUACACUCAAAACCCAGACAAGGCAAAAGGAUAUUUUCUUGUAUAUUUUUUGAGAUCAAAGAAAUGGCAGUGUCCAGGAAACAGAACCAGAAGGAUUCAUCAGGAUUCAUUUUUGAUUUACAGUCCAAUACUGUACUGGCCCAGGGAGGAGCUUUUGAGAACAUGAAAGAGAAGAUAAAUGCAGUGCGUGCAAUAGUUCCCAAUAAGAGCAACAAUGAAAUCAUCCUGGUUUUGCAGCACUUUGAUAACUGUGUGGAUAAAACAGUACAGGCAUUCAUGGAAGGUAGUGCCAGUGAAGUACUCAAAGAAUGGACAGUAACAGGCAAGAAAAAGAACAAAAAGAAGAAAAACAAACCGAAACCUGCCACAGAACCAAGUAAUAGUAUCCCAGAUACCAGUAAAACCGUUUCCAUUCAAGAGGAACAGUCUGCACCUUCCUCAGAGAAAGUUGGUAUGAAUGGCUACCAUGUCAAUGGUGCCAUCAAUGACACUGAGUCUGUGGAAUCACUCAGUGAAGGUUUGGAGACACUUUCAAUAGACGCUAGAGAAUUGGAGGAUCCCGGGUCUGCCAUGCCAUAUGCACUGGAUAGAACAGGAUCCAUGCUGCAGAAUGGUGUCUCUGAUUUUGAGACCAAGUCUUUGACUAUGCACUCUAUUCAGAAUUCUCAACAACCCAGGAAUGCUGCCAAAUCGCUCUCAAGACUUACCACAGAAACUCAGUUUUCAAAUAUGGGGAUGGAAGAUGUUCCUCUCUCCACCAAUAGAAAGCUAAGUUCCAAUAUUGAAAAAUCUGUAAAAGACCUCCAGCGCUGCACAGUAUCUCUUGCACGGUAUCGAGUUGUAGUUAAAGAAGAGAUGGAUGCUUCCAUUAAGAAAAUGAAACAAGCCUUUGCUGAAUUGGAAAGCUGUUUAAUGGAUCGAGAAGUGGCAUUGCUUGCUGAAAUGGACAAAGUGAAAACUGAAGCAAUGGAAAUUUUGCUCAGCCGACAAAAGAAGGCUGAACUUCUAAAGAAGAUGACUCAUGUGGCUGUUCAAAUGUCAGAGCAGCAAUUGGUUGAGCUCAGAGCUGAUAUCAAGCACUUUGUUAGUGAACGAAAAUAUGACGAGGACCUGGGACGAGUAGCCCGGUUCACCUGUGAUGUAGAGACCCUAAAGAAGAGCAUUGAUUCAUUUGGACAAGUGUCUCAUCCAAAGAACAGCUAUUCAACCAGAUCCCGAUGUGGCUCAGUUACAUCUGUGUCCUUGAGUAGCCCAAGUGAUGCCUCUGCUGCUUCCUCUUCCACCUGUGCCUCUAUUCCCAGCCUUACAAAUGCUAACAAGAAAAUCUUUGCACCAGGAGAGACUCCUGCAGCCAUAGCAAACUCCAGCGGCCGGCCCUACCAGCCACAUCGGGAGGUAUUGCCAGGGAACAGACAAGGAGGACAAGGUUACAGACCACAGGGCCAAAAGUCCAGUGACCCUGUGAACCAAGGGCGAGGAGGACAAGGUUACAGGCCACAAGGCCUAAAGUCCAGUGACCCCGUGAACCAAGAGCGGCAUGACAGUAUGGGUCGUUGCAGAAACAGCUCAUGGUAUUCAUCUGGUUCCAGGUAUCAGAAUGCUUCAUCUCAGGCACCAGGAAACACCAGUGAAAAAGGUCAGACUCACUCUGCAGAGACCAAUGAAACUGGAAUCAGCAUGGAGCCUAGCCCACCCACGCCUUCAUUCAAAAAGGGACUCCCCCAGCGCAAGCCCAGGACCUCUCAGACUGAAGCCGUGAACUCUUAAGAGAGAAAUUCCAGUUGGCCUCUCUCCUCUAUCACACACAAUUCAAGUUAAUAACUGGACUUUAGGAAACUUAUAGUUAGAUUUAAUAACAAAAAGUUUAUGCAUAUCACUUUUUGUGCCAUUCUAAAUAUUUUUGGUUCUUGUCUCCUUAUUUCCUCUUUACCAUUUUUGGAGGGGAAGCUAUUCUUUUUUUCUUGAUCUUUCCCAGUCUUAUGGAUUGAAUCUGGUUGGUCAUUUCCACCAGGAAUCAGAGGCAGCUGUUGUCAGUUUUCAGCCUUCCAGUUGGCCCCCUCUGUCCAGGCUGUCUCAGGAGGAGGUGAAUCAGAGCUAGUCACCUUUCCAAGCUAAGCAGAAGCCACAGGUGCCUGCCAGUUUCCAUUCAAACAACUAUUUGACCAGGAGAGGCAAUGAGGGGAUCGUAUACUGCACUGGAUUUGCCAGAGAAGGGAAAAUUUAAUUAGUGAAAAGGAAAGAACACUAGAAAACAUCUGAAAACCUGCCUCUAUUCCAGAAAGUGCCUGAGAUUUGACACUCAAAUCAGUGGUCAGUCUUCUGCUUGGCACUAGAGCUUAACCUGCAGUUUCUUCAAAAUGCCCAAUCCUUUGCUUCCUAUUACCUUAGAUUGCAAACCAGUCUAGGCAAGUCUAUGGGAAAGUAGCAUUUAAUUAAAGUUUUUUUAUUUGUAAAGCAUUUUUCUGUUUUAAUGUUCAGAGACUUUUUUUUGUUCUCUCCCUUUUCUGAAUCCUGUUCUGAUCCUGAAUCAAAUUUAUAGCAAUAUAAUUAGUGUUAAUUGAAGGCAUUACUCAUCAAAAAUUGCUGCAAUCAGUCUUUAUAGUUGAAUAAAUAAAAACAACUGC